GUGAAAUAUCAACACGUUUGCAAGAUACAUUAUCACAAUUGAGACCAAGUGAUCAAUAUUAUCAAUAUAUCUCAUAAAAAUCACUCAACCAGCGAAUCCUCAAAGUUCCAGUCGAAACUCCAUAAUCAGCCCAAAAUGGUCCUCCCAACCAAGAACGGGACAAAAUCCUACUGGAUCGAAGAAGCCAACUCGCCCCUCAGGGAUUAUCAAUCUUCCGAGUCUCUACCAACCGAAACAGAUGUUUUAAUUAUAGGAAGCGGCUAUACCGGUGCCUCAGCAGCUUACUUUCUUUACAGAGUAAUUCUAUCUAUAUUCCAUUUUACUAGCUCCAAGUCUCAUAAAUUCCAAUAGUCCUCAGAUCAGAUUCAUUAUGACUAACCGAGAAAAACAGUGUACUAAAGACUUUGGAACAACCCCUAAAAUCCUCAUGCUAGAAGCCCAAGACAUUUGUGGGAGCGCAACUGGGAGAAAUGGUGCGUUUCUCUCAAUAAUGAUUCUCAACACCCCUCCUCCCUAGGUAUAUGGAAGGAAGAAUCCUCAAAAAACAACAAAUAGAAGCGCUAACAAAACCCCCAGGUGGCCAACUCCGACCAUACGCCUACUCCCGCUACCUCCCCUGGAAAGCCCUCCACGGACCCAAAGGAGCCAUAGACCUCAUCAAGCACGAGAUGGCUCAUCUUCCCGCAUUUGACGAUCUUCUCACAGCCGCCUCAAAAGAACCAAAAAUGUCUAACAUCAAAGAAGAAGUGUAUUUCCAAACCGGGCCCACCUUCGACGCAGCCAUGUCCGAAGAAGCGUGGUCGCGCCUGAAAAGUAAUUAUGAAGAGAUUGUGAAAAAUCAUCCAGAUGAGGAAAUCGUGAAGGAACUACGGAUCGUAGAGGGAGCGAAAGAGGCAGAGGAGUUCACGCAGAUUAAGGGGGCGAUCGGGGCGGUCGUUCAUCCUGCUGGUCAGAUGUAAGAUACCCCUUUUUUAUUUCAAGAGUUAUUGUCAUACAUACUGGUACAUUCAUAUCCAAAAUCGCAAGCUAAACGUAAGACCCAAAUAAGCUGGCCCUACAAAUUCAUCCACGCCCUUCUCACCAUUCUCCUCAACGCCAACGCCCUCUCGCUGCACGCCCACACACCCGUAACACACGUCUCCUCCCGUUCCCCCUCCGGCUGGAUAACAGUAACCACACCACGAGGCACGAUACUCACCAAAACAGUGAUUCACGCAACAAACGCCUGGACCAACCAUCUGCUCCCCGAUUUUGGGAACCUGAUAUAUCCCUCCCUAGCAACAGUCGCUGCUCUCAAGCCCCACAAUCAGGAUUUCAGGUUAAGGAAUACCGGUGCUCAGCAUUGGGAUGUUAUUGUGAAUGUAUGUAUAUUUCUUUUGUACGAAGAGUUGGGGAGAAUAGGUAUAGGGACAGAAACUAAUGUACGACCACAGGAUUACCAAGUCCAGCUCCCCCCACCAAACCCCACCAUCAUCGUGGGCGGCGCAAAGAAAGUCCUCGUCCACGUUCCCAGCCGGUGGAUCAACAACGUCGAUACAUCGAGUAACAUCCGUGGUGUACCAGAGUACUACCAAUCCUGGGCAUCAUCCAGUAUCAUAGGACUCGAGUCACAACCGAAGGUAUUAGCACGAGAGGCCGAAGAUGGCGGAUGUUGGGUAGGCGGUAAGUUUAUGAUUUCCCUGAUCAAUUCCAAGCGAAGAUCCUGACAAUCGAUAGUGGUAGGAAUAAGCGCCGACUCAUUCCCUUUCAUUGGCGAGCACCCAGAGAAAGAGGGCCACUUCAUAGCUGCUGGGUUCACGGGACAUGGUAUUCUCCCCUCCUCUUUUCCCUCCCCCAGCCCGCAGCUCAAUGUAUUCAACAUCAAGUAACAACAUAUAGGAAUGCCACGAAUUCUCCUCUCUGCAGCGCACCUCGCGGAGAAACUAUUGAAGUCCCUUAGACUUAGAGGUUCCCCUCCAUUUAGCGUGGAAUUCCCCGCUUUACCGGCGCCCUUCGAGCUUACGAGAGAAAGGUGGCGACGUUUACAGAGCUUGAAUCUAGAGCAGAAACUUAGAGCGAGUAAGGAGGAUAAUUUGAGGAGUGCUGGGAAGGAGUUUUGUGUGGACGGUGGAAGGUCAGCGGGGCUGUAACUUGUAGGGUGGAUUUAGGUGUUUAUAUAAUGGGUGUGAGAUUAAGAGAGGAAAGGUACCAUGUAAGAGAGUAUAUAUCAAAGAGAAGAAUAGAUUUAGCUAUAGCAGGUCUACGUGCGUACUACUAGU